AUGUCUGGGACCAACGACGACAGAGAGAGGCUCCUGGCGAUGUACCGGCAGGCAGCGUCUGCGGCACCGGCAGGUUCAACCCCGGAUACUGUGUUCCAGCUUCAGCAAAUGUUGGCGGCUCGAACGACGGCGCCACCUGUGAGCCAAGGUGCGAUGGCAAUGUAUCCCCACGUCAUUGCUGAUCCUGCGAUAGCUGCGCCAGUCCAAGCACCCUGGCCUCCACAGCCCGCCAUGCACGCGAGCGACCUGGAGAUCCAACGGCUGCAGGCGCAAAUCGCGCAGCUUCAAGCGAAUCAGAGAGCUCAAGUCAUUUCCCAAAUGCUGGCCAGUCCUCCUGUCGCCCAAUCGCCCACGCAACCCAGCUUGGACCUUCUCCGUGCGUUGUCAAGUCUUCAGCAAGCUCAAAGCCUUGUGCCAGCUCAGCCGUUGAGUGUCGAAGCUCAGCUAGCACAAAUACUGGCACCCCAGCCCCCAGCCCAGCCUCAAGCCCAGCCCAACAUGGAGGCACUUCUGGCACUUUUGGCAAGACAACAGACGCCAGGUGGUGUUCAGGCCGCACCUAGUGUGCAAGAGCAGCUGGCCUUGCUCCUCGCAUCGCAAGCACCGACGCAACCCGUGGCCACUUCUCCGCCCAAACCCGAGCGAUCUCCGAAUCGAGUGUGCGUCCAUUUCCUGUCCAACCACGGCUGCCGCAACGGCGACGCGUGCACGUUUCGACACGAAAAGCCCAAUGGAUCUCCAUCGAAUCCGUCGCCACCGUCAAAGGCCACGCUUCCCAAGAAACAAGUCAAACCGUUCGGAGGCAAGCCGAAAGACCCCAUCAUCUGCCCCUACUUUAACGCUCCUGGAGGGUGCAAUUUCAAGGACAAGUGCAAGAUGCUGCACGUAGUCGACGCCAAGGCCCAAGCCAUUCGCGACGGUGAAAUCGCCGCGUUUGCUGCGGCGCAGUCCAACCUCCGAGAGAAUUUGAACAAGAUUCGAGACGACAUGAAGGCCAAGUACGACCAAGCAAACCGGUUGGAUCUUGUCAUUGUGAUGGACUGCACCAGUUCGAUGGGCCCGUGGAUCAAGGCGGCCAAGGACGCAGUGACCACCAUCAUCACCAACAUCCAGACCGACCACCCGAAUGCAACUGUUCGCGUCGGGUUUGUCGGGUAUCGCGACUACUCGUCGUACAGCUCUGCCCCGCUCCGAAUCGAGACGAUCUCACUGACGCCAAACACGGACGACGUUCACGCUUUCAUCUCGCAGCUGACGGCGGGAGGCGGCCGUGGCAACUUUGCCGACAUUCCAGGAGGCCUCGAGGUGGCUCUGGACAUGCCUUGGGAGUGCGACGCAAAGGUGAUUCUCCUCGUGGGAGAUGCUCCUUGCCACGGAAAACUGUACCACGACAAUUACCGUGGAGAGAUGCACCCGUCGACGCCAUGCAUUCAAGAGCAAAUGCGUACGAUUGCCCGUCGCGGAAUCGACUUUCGCAUUAUCGAGAUUGCCCCCGAGAACACGGCGAAAAUGGUCGCGAUCCUGCAGGCCGAGUACAUGUCAACGAUGGCGAGCGAUGGCCUCGAACGGUCGUUCGCGUCCGUGUCGCUGUCUGCCUCGGGCGACGUCGUCAAGUUUGGAGACAUCGUCAAGAAGAUCAGCAGUGAUUCACUGCAGGCAAGCAAGUCGCGCAGUGUCAUUUCGAGCGCCCGCAAGACGGUGGGGACGAAAAGCUCGGGCAUACCCAGUCUCGUUCAGAUUGGGGAAGACGACGACGAGGAUGCAGAUAGCGACUACGACAACUCGGCGGCGCCAAGCGGAGGGGCCGAGUGGGCUCCGCCGACAACGCUGACGCCCCUCAACUGGGCGGAUGUCGCGGCGUGUCCGGAGAUUGCCGCAGUCCGAUACUGCGUUAUGAUUCGACUCGAAUGCAACAACUUGGCAAAGCCCGUGACCAUCACCACAAAACAAGCGACCAAAAUCAAGCUGCUCACGACGCCGUUUGCGAAAGGAGCGAUGCGCACUGCGCAUGGGAUGCAGGAUACGACGUUGGGGCUGGACCUGAUCGCCAAGUUUUACUUUGGAACGGCGGCAACGAUGGACCACCACGUUCGGGAAGACGUCGAGAUGCAUGCGAUCGCCAAGCGGUUGGCCACCGAGUUUUCCAAAUCUCCAUGUGUCGAGAAUGGCGUGGAUUUCAUCUCGACGUGCUGGUACGAAGUCGCGGGCCGACCCCUCUUUACUGCCGAGCCACACAUUCCAGGCGACUACAAAAAGUACAACAACAACAGUGGCUGGGUCGGAGACGCCAUGGCGGACGACCAAGUCGUGACAGCUCAAGCGUUCUCGCACUUUUCGUUUGAACAGUCCAAGGGACAGCUCAUGGUGGUGGACCUGCAAGGCGUCGGCUCGAUCUUCACGGACCCCCAGAUCCACUCGUUGAAUGCAGCCAAGUACGGCCAUGGCAACCUGGGCGAAGCCGGCAUGGCGACCUUCUUUGCCACGCAUCGAUGCAACCGCAUCUGCAACGCCCUCCGACUGACUCCAGCCACCAACAGGAACGAAUGUCGCACCUGA